UUGGUGUUCCUUACGCAGCACCACCGCUCGGGUCGUUUAACGAAUCUCAUUUCCCAAUUUCGGUUCAAUUACAGAGUAACCGGACCUCAGUAAUAGAAAACCUCUAAUAAACCUCUUUUCUCAAUUUCUACACUGGUUUGAUUCGAUCCUACAGGCAAGGCAAUUCCGAUCCAGAAUGGCGGUUCGGCCGACGACGAUCCGGUUCCCGGGCAACCCGAUCGAGCAGGAGGCGUGCGGCGUGCCGUGGGGCGUGACGCUGACGCCGUUCGCGGCCAAGGACGAGAACGACAUCCCGCCGGUGUACGGCUCCGGCGGGGAGCUGUUGCCCCGAUGCGAGAACUGUUGGGCGUAUUACAAUACCUACUGCGAGCAGGAUCAGUGGUCAUGGGACUGCGCUCUCUGCGGCACCACCAAUGGCCUCUCGUCGGAGUCCAUCAUGCGAUACUCUCUCCCACACUCCUCCCCGGAGAAUAUGUCCUCCUUCAUCGACCUCGAAUUGCCACUGGAGGGAUCUGAAGAAAUGCAGGCAAGGCCGGUGUAUGUUGCUGCAGUUGAUCUCUCUUCAUCGGAAGAGUUUCUAGAACUUACUAAAAGUGCUCUUUUGGCUGCCUUGGAAGCUCUUUCUCCGGGAUCACUUUUUGGUCUUGCCACAAUCAGCCAUAAAAUAGGCUUAUACGAUGUUCAGGGGCCCAUUCCAGUGGUCAAGAAUGUAUUUAUUCCCCCAGAUUCUGCUGGCAACCUGACAAUGGAGCUUGAAGAUGUCAUGCCAUUGUUUUCUUUUCUGGCUCCAGUUGAUACGUGCAAGGACCGUAUUACAUCUGCACUUGAAACUCUAAAACCAACAACUUCAUGGGAACGGACUACAGCUGCAGGCCAAGGAUUAGAUGGUGUUUUACUUGGUGGGCGAGGGUUUGGAGUGGCAAUGGAAGCUCUCCUCAAAUAUCUUGGAUCGGAGUAUGGGAAUACGUAUGCACUAGCCAGAGUAUUCGCCUUCUUAUCUGGUCCUCCAGAUUAUGGUCUUGGCCAGCUAGACACCAGGCGAUAUGGUGAGCAAUAUGCUAGUAAAGGAGAGGAUGCAGAUCUUGCUUUACUCCCUGAACAGACUCCUUUUUAUAGAGAUUUGGCUGCUGUUGCUGUUCAAGCCGGUGUAUGUGUGGAUAUAUUUGCUGUUACGAAUGAGUACACUGAUUUAGCAUCUUUGAAGUUUCUUAGCAUUGAGAGUGGAGGCUCUUUGUUUCUAUAUUCAAAUACCGAUGAUUCAACACUUCCUCAGGACAUGUAUCGCAUGUUAAGUCGGCCAUAUGCUUUCAAUUGUGUCUUGCGUGUGAGGACAUCAUCUGAGUUUAAGCUUGGACAUUCAUACGGACAUUUCUUCCCUGAUCCAGAAUAUGAAAAUGUUCAACACAUUAUUUGCUGCGACUCUUUUGCAACAUAUGCCUAUGAUUUUGAUUUUGUGAAUGAUGUUGGAUUUUCCAGACACAGCAAAGAACUCCCAACAAUACAGAUUGCAUUUCAAUACACAGUCGUUGUUCCCCCUGAUGAACCAUCAAUAUCAGGUUCAAGCUCCUCAAAGAGAGGUAAAUAUUCCCUGAAAAGAAGAAUGAGGAUUAGAACUUUACAAUUCGAAACUGCUCGCAGUGUGAACGAUAUUUAUGAUACUGUUGAUCCUGAAGUUGUUCUUUCCAUACUUGUUCAUGAGGUGAUUUUGUCCUCUUUGGAGAAUGGUGUUCGAGAGGCUAGGAUCUUAUUACACGAGUGGCUUGUAAAUCUUACGGCUCAGUAUAAUGAUGCUUACAAGAUUGCUGAAUACACGAGGGGGGGUUUAAGCACUUCUCAUGUAGAUGUUGCCUUCACCCAAUGCCCUCAGCUGCAACAUUUGCCCCGUUUAAUCUUUGCUUUGUUGCGUAGUCCUCUUCUUCGCUUUCAUGAAGAAGGUGUUCACCCGGACUAUCGGAUAUAUCUUCAGUGUCUAUUCAGUGCUCUGGAACCUUCUUCUCUUAACCGUGCUGUAUAUCCAUCGCUGUCUUCGUACGACACUCCGGACAAACAAGCAUACCCUCGCCAUUCCUUGAGCCGCGCUGCACUUAUAACAAGUGGCAGCCCAAUAUUUCUCCUCGACGCUUUCACACAUCUCAUCGUGUUUUAUUCUUCUACAGCCGGUGCUACAAUGCCAUUCCCUCCACCCCAGGACUGCCUUUUGAGAAGCACCAUUAACAAACUGAAGCAAGAGAGGAUUAUUACUCCCAAGCUUAUUUUUAUCAGGGGAGGUAUAGAUGAUGCCACAGCGUUCGAGAACUACCUUAUAGAGGAACAGGAUGUCGAGGGAAGUGGCUUCACAAGUGUCAUGGGCUUUGUCUCCUUCCUCGACGAAAUCAAUCAUGAUGUAGUAGAGUACAUGACUAAAUCAAACGGUAAAUAGUCCUACAGAAAGAAUAAUUGUACACAUGCAUCAAAGGAGUUACUGGCUUUAAUCGGAACACCAUCCAGCUAAUUAUAGACACAGACAGGGGUUGUGUUUAGUACCAUGAAAUAGACGCUGAAUCUUCGUUUCUUUGGGGAAUCUUUGAUUCGGAAUUUUUACAAUACAUUGAAGAUUUGUGCAAGUGUUGGGAUAUGCUUCUCGUGAUGUAACCUUACCUUUGCCCUUACGGAGGCGGAAAUUAGAGUGUGGGACUUGGUUGUUUGGUUUAGGAUGUAUACUAUAUUCCAGUUUUGAACAUUUUCUUUUCAUUUCUUUGUAUCUGUACUAUGUAUCAUCAGGCACUAUUGAUCUUGCAACUUGGCUGCGCUUUUUUCGCGGUAAUUAUUCGAUUUUCGACCUCUUAUGCUCUGU